AACAUACUCGGAGCAGUGCUCAGACAGGAGAGAACAAGAUGAGACUGACAGUAGCAGCGAUUACCCUCUGCCUGGUCGCGCUGACCAGUGCAGCAUACGUCCCGGUAGAACAUAAAGAAACAGCUGUCAAAUAUGCUGAUAAGGAAUUUCUCGUGAAGCAAAAAUUCUUCUUUGAAGUGUUCCGCAACAUCCAUCUUCCACUCACCUACGACGAGUACCUGCCUUACACCAAGACCUGGGUUACCGAUGAGUCUAAAUAUACGGAUUUCAAGCAAGUCGCGGAAUUCUUCGCGUACUACAAGGUUUGGUUCCUACCGAAAGGCGAGAUGUACUCAGUUUACAACGAAGAAUAUAUGAAGCAGACUUACCUUCUAUUCAACUUCUUCUACAAUUCAGCCAGUUGGGAUACAUUCUAUAAGAAUGUUAUCUGGGCUCGUGAGAACGUUAACGAAGUUAUGUUCAUAUAUGCAUUGACAAUGGUUACCUUCCAACAUCCUGAACUAAAGGGCAUCGUGCUACCAGCAGUCUACGAAAUCUAUCCGUACUAUUUCUUCAACACUGACGCGAUUCACAAAGCUUUCUACAAGAAACUGUACGAACCGAAGUUCGGGUUUGCUAGCAAUGGAAAGUACAACGUAGUAUAUUCAAACUACACUGCCAUUUAUCCAUGGAAUUAUUAUGGCGAAGACAAACUGAGCUACUUCACCGAAGACGUUGGCCUAAACUCGUACUACUAUUACUUCAUGAUGGACUAUCCAUUCUUCGUUGGCGGAGAUAAAUUCAACUUGUACAAAGACCGUCGUGGAGAGUGGUAUCUGUAUAUUCAUCAACAGCUUAUUGCCCGUUACUAUUUGGAGCGCCAAAGUAAUUAUAUGGGACCAAUUCCAGAAUUCAACUGGCAAUACCCACUCAAAACAGGAUACUGGCCAAAACUCAGUUAUUGGAAUGGAAUGCCAUUCACUGGACGCAGCGAUUACUACACUGUUCCAAAGUACAACUAUUUCAAGGUUGAUCUAAUCAAGGACUACGAGUCUAGAAUUUGGCAAGUUAUUGAUCAAGGAUUCCUUUACCUUGAAGAUGGAACCAAGGUAGAUUUCCGUAAACCCGAAUCGAUUGACUAUCUUGGAAAUCUGAUUAACGCUAAUCCAGACAGUUACGACAACGAGUAUUACAAAAAUAUCGCUUACUACGCUCGCCUAUUGUACAGCGGUGGAGAUUAUUUCGCCACUGAAUCGAAGGUAUUCCCAAGCGCUUUGAUGCAUUUUGAAACAUCGAUGCGCGAUCCCUUCUUCUACCAAUUGUACUACAAGAUUCUCAGUUAUUACUGGCAAUUCAAGAGUUAUCUUCCAUACUACAAAUACGAAGAACUGUACUACAAGGGUAUGGAAAUCAAGAAUGUUGUAUUUGACAAGUUGGUGACUUACUUCGAUUACUUUGAUGCUGACAUAAGCAAUGCCAUUCCGAUGGGCUUCUCUACAGAACAGUACUGGGACUUCUCAGUGUACGCUCGUCAGAAACGUAUCAAUCAUAAGCCCUUCUCCUACACAUUGGAUGUCUACUCGGAAAAUGCGGGCAAAGGUGUUGUCCGCAUGUUCAUGGGACCAAAGUUCUACGACGUGAAGGAAUUGCAGUAUUUGAAGAAAUACUUCGUUGAGGUAGAUCAAUACGUGUACGACUUCGUUGCCGGUAAGAAUUCGAUCGUCAAAAACUCCCGAGAUUAUUACUGGAGUGUUCGUGAUCGUACUACAUACACCGAAUUGUACAAGAAAAUUAUGACAGCAUACAAGGGUGGAGACAAAUUUGUCCUUGACAUGUCGGAAGCUCACUGUGGCUGGCCCGAUCGUCUACUGUUGCCCAAGGGUCUCCCAGGAGGUUAUGAGCUAACAUUCUACUUCAUCAUUACUCCGUACUACACUCCAAAGGUAGAACAGUACUCCACCUACGAUUACACUUACAGCUGUGGCGUUGGAUCUGGUUCGAAAUACAUCGAUGAUCUGCCAUUCGGAUUCCCCUUCGAUCGUGAUAUUAACUACAGCUACUUCUUCACAAAGAACAUGUACUUCAAGGAUGUUUACGUUUAUCACAUGGAUGAUACAAAACUUAACCAAUCCUACUAGACAAUUCAUCGAGAUAUAUCGUGCAACAAGACUGGGACCAUGCGUAGGCUAGAUUAACCGAGCAAAUAAAGCAUAUUGAACAAACUCA